AUGUUACAUAAGGAAGAGGAGAGCCUGCGGGACAAAAUCCGCGCCGACCACGAGCGCGCCCUGCAGGAGGCCAAGGAGAAGCUGCGCAAGUCGCGGGCGGAGCUGCAAGCAGAGAUCCAGACGGAGAAGGUGCGGGUGGUGGAGGAGCUGAAGAAGAAGGAGGCGGGGCCAAGGCCCCUCCCCCCAGUCCCCAUGCCCAAAGUGGUGGGCGUCAGCGACGGCGAGCCGCCUGAGCCCGCCGUCAAGGAGAAGAGGGACAAGAUCCGAGAGAUGAUGAAGCACGCCUGGGACAGCUACCGACAGUACGGCUGGGGUCACAACGAGCUGAAGCCCCUGGCUAAGAAAGGACACACCACCAAUAUCUUCGGUAACUCCCAGAUGGGCGCCACCAUCGUGGAUGCCCUGGACUCCCUUUACAUCAUGGGUCUACACGAGGAGUUUAAGGAUGGGCAGGAGUGGAUCGAGCAGAACCUGGACUUCACCGGCGUGAAUGCCGAGGUGUCCGUCUUUGAGGUCAACAUCCGCUUCAUUGGAGGACUGCUGGCUGCCUACUACCUCUCUGGACAGGAGGUGUUCAAGCUGAAGGCCGUGCAGCUUGCAGAGAAGCUGCUGCCAGCCUUCAACACUCCUACUGGAAUCCCAUGGGCCAUGGUAAACCUCAAGAGUGGUGUGGGUCGUAACUGGGGCUGGGCGUCUGCAGGCAGCAGUAUCCUGGCCGAGUUCGGAACGCUGCACAUGGAGUUCGUCCACCUCACCUACCUGACCGGGAACCCCGUCUACUACCAGAAGGUGAUGCACAUCAGGAAGCUGCUGGCCAAGAUGGACCGUCCUAAUGGACUGUACCCCAACUACCUGAACCCACGCACCGGGCGCUGGGGACAGCAUCACACAUCGGUGGGGGGUCUUGGAGACAGUUUCUAUGAGUACCUGUUGAAGGCCUGGCUCAUGUCCGACAAGACAGACACUGAGGCCCGCAAGACCUACGACGACGCAAUCGAGGCCAUCGAGCGCCACCUGAUCCGUAAGUCCAAUGGCGGGCUGACCUUCAUCGGCGAGUGGAAGAACGGCCACCUGGAGAGGAAGAUGGGUCACCUGACCUGCUUCGCCGGGGGCAUGUUCGCCCUGGGCGCAGACGGCUCUCCCGACGACAAGGCCGGCCACUACCUGCAGCUGGGGGCCGAGAUCGCACACACCUGCCACGAGUCCUACGACCGCACAGUGCUGAAGCUGGGACCAGAGGCCUUUAAAUUCGACAGUGGCCUGGAGGCGGUUGCCGUGCGACAGAACGAGAAGUACUACAUCCUGCGUCCGGAGGUCAUCGAGACCUACUGGUACAUGUGGCGCUUCACCCACGACCCCAAGUACCGCCAGUGGGGCUGGGAGGCUGCGCAGGCUAUCGAUAAGUACUGCAGGGUGAGUGGGGGUUUCGGGGUGAAGGACGUCUACUCCUCCAACCCGACCUACGACGACGUGCAGCAGAGCUUCUUCCUGGCCGAGACCCUGAAGUACCUGUACCUGCUCUUCUCCAGUGAUGACCUGCUGCCUCUGGACAGCUGGGUGUUCAACACAGAGGCCCACCCUCUGCCCGUGCUCCACCUGGGGAACAUCACCCUGCCCGGCAGCCAACCCGCCCAGCGCUAGA